AGACGAUCGUGUGCAGGUGCCAAACUAUCUUAUCACAAAAACUUUAAAAAAAAAACCAACAGAAUAGUUAUCGUUUGGCACCUUGCCUUCACUGUGGGAUGUUUGUUGAUUGCGUUUCCAUGGACACGUUUACUGAGACCAAUAAAAGGCUUCACGGCGUUGUUGGAAAACAGAAGUUUUUCGGAUUCAUUUGGCUAUCAGGUGUCAAUUAAGUGCUUUUGAGAGAAAGUUUUUUAAGGUAACAAACAUGGGUUUUAAGAUGCCUCACAUUACUGUUAUCGGGGGACUCGUCGCCUCAGGCAUCGCGCUCCUGUUUCAAGUCAUCGCCGUGGCAGCCGCCGGCUGGAUCAAGCAAACAAAUGCCGACAUCACCGGCGGGCUAUGGAAAUACUGUAUUUUGAAUAGUUGUAAAGACAUUUCGUCUGACUUAGAGGCUGACUGGCUCGACGCGACGAGGGCAUUUGCACUACUGGGACUUUUUUUCAUCGCCGGGGCUCUCGCCGCUGGCAUUCUCAUCAUGGUCCUCGAUAAGAAAUUCCUGGCUCUCAUCGCUGGUGCAGUGGCUCUCGUUGCAGCUCUGUUCGUGUUGAUCUCGUUUGCCGUCUUCGCAGACAACAGAAAAGUUUCGUUUUCAGAGCAGAUGUUCAAGCUGUCCUACUGCUUCGCUCUGUCAGUUGUCACCUUCGUCUUGUGCAUCGGCUCUGGCGCCUCCUUCAUCCUCUCGAACUUCCUCCCAGGAUCCUCGGUUGCGUCUUCUACUGGUUAA